CGAACGUUAAGAUAGCUCGGAGGGGGUUCUGCGAACGCUUGUCCCUUUACUCAGGCAAUAAUCGGGAUUCAGAUUUUUUCUUCAUAUGGCUCAGAAUAAAUAUAGUAUAAUCACAAUUGACUUGUGAUAGAACAAAGUCAAUUGUCCCAAUGAGGUGCAGCAAGUGUUUGGACGCAAUUGUAAGUACUAGCUUGUGUUUUGGUCUAUGGAGACAGCUGGGAAAACCAGCUCUGUGUUGGCAAGAUUGUAUAGUUUUGGGAUGCAAAUCUCGUCUAUUUAAGCAAAGUAAGAUCAAAUGGUUGAAAUUGCAAUUGUGCCAUCCAGAACUUUAAAAUAAUGCAUUUACAUCAAAAAUUGAUGUUGUUAUGAUGUUGAUGGCGUCGAUGAGCCACAGAUCUGACUCGAUCAAUCGGCAGAACCUCGUGACUCACCCCACCAUGAGAUAAAUUCCAAAACUUCAACCCCGCCAUUUCGUCUCGUCCCUCUUACCUCCAAUACUCGUACACAACAACUAAAAAUCGCAAUCAUGGCGGACGCACAAGAAGCUUCCGCUCCUCCCACCGAGGUCGUAGCCAAUCUUCAUUUGGACGAGGUUACCGGCGAACGCGUCUCCAAGUCCGAACUCAAGAAGCGCCAGAAGAAUCGCCAGAAGGAAGAGGAGAGACUUAAGAAGGCUGCUGCAGCGCCACCCAAGCCAGCGGCAGUCAAGAAGACCAAUGCCGAAGCUGACGAGAAGGAAUUGAAUCCAAACCAAUAUUUCGAGAUUCGAUCGCGUGCCAUCGAGAAGCUCCGCAAGACCAAGGAACCCAAUCCAUACCCUCACAAGUUCAAUGUUACAUACAAGCUGCAGGAUUUUGUCAAGGAUUACGGGUCCCUCAAGUCGGGCGAGCACAAGAAGGAUGUUGAGAUCAGAAUCGGUGCUAGAAUCUUCAACAAGCGCGCAUCAGGAAAUAAGCUGGUAUUCUACGAUGUUGUAGAUUCAGGCGUCAAGGUUCAGGUUAUGUGUCAAGUGCAGGAGGCCAAGGCAGAUGGAGUUCCAUUCGAGCAACAGCAUGAGCAUCUCCGUCGCGGAGACAUUAUUGGCAUAGUUGGAUACCCGGGACGUACGGCACCAAAGAGCAAGAUUGAGAAGGGCGAGGAGGGAGAACUAUCUAUCUUUGCCACGGAGAUAAUCCUGCUCACACCAUGUCUUCACCAGCUUCCAGACGAGUACUAUGGUUUCAAGGACCAGGAGCAACGUCAUCGCAAGCGCUACCUCGAUCUGAUCAUGAAUCAACCUACUCGAAACGUCUUCAUUACUCGCUCCAAGAUGAUCAGCUAUAUCCGCAGAUACUUUGAUGAGCAGGAAUUCGUUGAGGUUGAGACCCCAAUGAUGAACCCCAUUGCAGGAGGAGCAACUGCCAAGCCUUUCAAGACUCACCACAAUGACUUGAAUAUGGAUAUGUUCAUGCGUGUUGCGCCAGAAUUGUACCUCAAGAUGCUUGUGGUUGGUGGUCUCAACCGUGUCUAUGAGAUGGGUCGUCAAUUCAGAAAUGAGGGCAUCGAUCUUACUCACAACCCUGAGUUCACUACUUGCGAGUUCUAUAUGGCCUAUGCUGAUGUCUAUGAUAUCAUGGAUAUGACUGAAGAGUUGGUCUCGGGUCUCGUUAAGCACAUUACUGGAGGUACUACCACCAAGUACCACACCCAGUCUGGAGAAGAGUACGAGGUCAACUGGGCGGCUCCUUGGCGUCGUGUUGAGAUGAUUCCGGCUCUGGAGGAAGCCACAGGCGAAAAUUUCCCACCUGGGGAUCAACUCCACACCCAAGAAACCAACGAGUUCUUCCGCCGCGUCCUCAAGAAGAUGAAGGUCGACUGCUCGCCACCCCUAACCAAUGCACGCAUGCUCGACAAGCUCGUCGGCGAAUUCAUCGAGGAAACCUGCAUCAACCCAACUUUCAUCACAGGCCACCCCCAAAUGAUGUCUCCCCUCGCCAAGUACCACCGCAGCAACCCCGGUCUCUGCGAACGCUUCGAAGCCUUCGUCUGCAAGAAGGAGAUCGUCAACGCCUACACGGAAUUAAACGACCCCUUCGACCAACGCCUGCGCUUCGAGGAGCAGGCUAGACAGAAGGACCAGGGCGACGACGAGGCGCAAAUGAUUGAUGAGAAUUUCUGCCAGAGUCUGGAGUAUGGCCUCCCGCCUACUGGAGGCUGGGGAAUGGGUAUCGAUCGCUUGGUUAUGUUCUUGACGGAUAAUUACUCGAUUAAGGAGGUGUUGGCGUUCCCUUUCAUGAAGGAGGAUACGAGUGCCAAGAAGGAGAAGUUGGUGGCGGAGGAGGUGGGCGUGCAGCCUGUUGAGGUGGAGGGUAUUCCUCAUAAGUAGAUGGUAGAUUGCAUGUCAUGUCAUGCAUGUUAUGGAGUUUGUUGAGGACUUUUUGAUAUGAUUUGAGAUGAAUGCACGAAUUUGUGAUGUGAUAAUAUCGUGAGAGUCUUUUCCUUUGAAGUAUUGAUUUUCGCAAGCGACACUUGUGAUAUGACAUGACGAGAGUGGGUGACAUGUUGAGAGUGGCUUGUUGACAUUCUUGGACCGUAACCGAGGCCAGAAUCUUAAGACAACCCGUGGAAGAAGGACUUUCAUAAUGCGUUGGUGGACCAAUUGAUAAGUCGCAG